UUUUCUCGCGUGAUUUCAAGAUGGCGGAGCAAGAGAAGGGGAUGUCAAUUUUUCUCGAUGUGUUUAGAAGAGCUGAUAAAAAUGAUGAUGGAGCACUUUCACUGGAGGAAUUCAGGGCUUUUUUUGCUGACGGAGUGAUAACGGAUGAAGAGUUGGGAAACUUGUUCAGAGACAUUGACACACAUAAAACAAAUAACCUGGACACGGGGGAGCUGUGUACGUAUUUCUCCCAACACCUCGGACCCUUUAAGGAGAUGUUUGGGGCUCUGGAGGACCUCAAUCACUCCAUGACCAAGGCGCUUAACCAGUCAGCCCAGCAAUACCCCACGGCAAGCUUUAUAGAGCAGUUUGUCAGUCGUUUCCUGAUGCGAGAAAUGCUGAACCAGCUUGUGGCUGUCCAGAAACCAGUGGAGACUGCCAGCGAUUUCAUUGAUGAGAAGGCAAUCAAGGAGAGGAGUGGCAUCAGCCAAGCGUCUGUCUCUGUAGAUGUCCAAGGAGAAACUCCAGGUGCUGUACCUGGCUGGUUAGGCCGUAGAGCUAGAAGACAGUAUAGUUCUCAGUACAGUACAGGCUCAGAGGGAGGCAGUGCUCCUCUGAACAUGCAGAUAGAGAGACUGAGGGGAUUGGUAGACCGCUUGGAGAAUAGGGUCAAUUUUGAAGGAAUAAAAGAAGAGCAGAAAGAUGUCCCAGAAGAACAAAUGAUGCUGCUGGUUCACAGAAGGUUUCCCGUGUCUCCAGACCGUAUGAAAGCUUUCCGAGGGAGCCUCAGAAUGUACAUAGAGGGCACCAACGAGGAUGAGCGAUGUCUAAAUGUCAGUGUGCUCACCUACAGUGGCUCAGACAUGUUUAUUCUCUAUGAGAUGUGGGAGAGCAAGGAGGCCUGGAAGAGGUGA